AACGCUGUGUUCUAUGAAACAGCUGUUUUUAGUAGAACACAUUUUAUCUCGGCUCGCACAAGUUUUAUGGACGGACUGAAUUCGUCCAGUCGUAUCAUCCCCGGAAUUCAAGCAAUCUCUCUAACAUACUCAGUGAUUUUGUCGUAGUAAAGUUAACUUGGGGGAAAGGUCGUACAUUUCACCAGAUUUAGAUGGAGGAGGCAGCGGACGCCUUAAUUGAAACAACAACAAAGCUAGCUAAAGUCUGUUUGGAAGAUGUACAAUCAAAACACCGCAAGGAGCGCAAAGAACUUCAAGCCAAGAUACAAGAACUGAAGAAGAAUGCACCAAAAUCUGAUAAGAAGAAACGUAAGGAGGUUUUGGAAGAGAUUGCCAAGUUAGAAGCUAAUUUGGAGGUAAGACACGCCGAAGAAUUGAAAAAAGUUGAGGCCGAAGUUAAUGCUAACGAAAAACCGGCUUCAGAUGACACUCAGGAAGAAACCACAAAAAAUAAUCACAACAAUGUCUCCGACAAUGACGAAAAUGAUGUGGUCCACACAAAACAGCCGCAAAGAGUUUCCAAAGCCCAAAAACGUAGAGAAAAGAAAUCUCGUGAAGCCCGCAGGAGAGAGGAAGACAUUAAGGCGGCUGCCCAAGAUAUUUAUUCGCCAAAGGCUGUGGAAUAUCGUAAAUUGGUUGCCAAAUUGAAAAGCCGUCAACUGGCCUUGCACAACAUACCUUCCGAUGGUGAUUGUCUCUUCAAUGCUGUACGCCAUCAACUAAUGCAACAGGGUCUUGGUACACACAAUGUUCAAGAGCUACGCACCGAAACUGCGAAUUAUAUACGGGCCAAUAAAGAUGCUCUCAUACCGUAUAUGACAAACCCGGGAACCGGCGAUCUACUUACCGAUGAAGAAUUUGAAGUGUAUUGUGAGGAAGUUCGCAAUACUCCAGCUUGGGGUGGCCAAAUAGAAUUGAAGGCCUUGACUUCAAUACUAAAGGUCCCCAUAGAAGUGUUACAAGCUGACGGUUCACCCACCAUUCAGGGAGCAGAUGAAUUUGGUGGAUCACCUUUGGUGAUAACAUAUCACCGUCAUAUGUAUAGCUUAGGAGAACAUUACAAUUCCACUGUUGAAUUGGUGCAAGAGGGAUCAGAGGACGAACAACAAGAUGACAUUUAAAAAAAAUAAAGGUUAAGUUAAAAAUAACGCGAAUCAGAUAUGUUUCUCGAGCUAUACCAAUAAUCAAUUGCAUUUAAACAACAACUAAAAAAAAACAAAUUUUAAACGCAACAUUUGAUAGUAAUUUUAUUCCAAUAAAAAUUUUAAUUCUGGUGUAACAUACAGAAGCCAAUGGCAAGAAAGGA